AUGAGUUCCUCCAGCACGUUGUCAGACCACGGUCGUCUGCGCGAUUCGCAGAUGACUUUUUACGAUCGUUGUAUCACGGGCAUUGCGAGAGGGGCCAUGGAAAGAUCAAUUGAUUUUAUCCAAUCCAUGCAGGAUAUGGGUGAAGACGUCGCAGUCACCAAUCAGGAACAACAGGAGUGGUUUCAGGACCUGCAACUCUUCGAGCGUGUUGCAAAUGACAAGCUGGACUUUUUUGGCGAGGCUUGA